AAUAAACAAGCAAAAUAACAACAACCAAACAAAAAGGAACGAUGAAGAUUGAGCGAUUCAGUUCGUUCACUUUAGUGAAAAGGGCAAAACUUGUUCGUUCGUUCGCGAACGACCCAACACUAGUGCAUAACAUAAACGCCAACGCAUAAUUUAGUUUUAGUUUAGCAUUUUGAAAUCAAAGCUUAUUAAGUACGUUUUAAUUGUAAUUGUGAACAUCCUGCGUUUCGGGCUGCUGUGGUAGUAGUUUUUGGUUGUGUCGGUGCUGCAGUAAACUUGUGUUUGUGUGCUGCUGUUGCGAGUGGUAGUGGAAGAACAAGAACUGGGCUAAAAUGUCGAAGAAUAAAAUAAACACAACUGCUGCAACAGCGGCAAAUGCUGAAAGCAAUCUAAUUGAAGUUAAAUCAAAGUUUGAUGCCGAGUUUCGACGCUGGAGCUUUAAGCGGCAUGAAGCCGAGCAAAGCUUCGACAAGUUCGCAUCACUCAUCAAGCAGCUGCAUAAGCUAGCCAACAUACAGUUUCUAAUACUCUACAUUGAUCCGCGCGACAACGACCUGUUGCCCAUCAACAACGACGACAAUUUUGGGCGUGCGCUCAAAACAGCGCGUCCUCUUUUGCGUGUUAUUGUGCAACGUAAAGACGACUUGAACGAAUAUUCUGGCUUUGGCACCAUGAAACCGCGCAACCUUAUUGGCAGCAUACUUGGACAUACGCCAGUGAAAACCAAAGCGCCAUCAAUAUCUAUACCACAUGAUUUUCGCCAGGUGUCAGCCAUUAUUGACGUGGACAUUGUGCCAGAGACGCACAGACGCGUGCGUUUGCUCAAGCAUGGCAGCGACAAGCCUCUAGGAUUUUAUAUACGCGACGGUACUUCGGUGCGUGUCACUGCCAGUGGCCUGGAGAAACAGCCAGGGAUAUUUAUCUCACGUCUUGUGCCAGGCGGUUUGGCUGAAAGUACGGGCCUGCUGGCGGUGAACGAUGAAGUUAUUGAAGUCAAUGGCAUUGAGGUAGCCGGCAAAACACUGGAUCAGGUCACCGAUAUGAUGGUCGCCAACAGCUCCAAUCUGAUUAUUACUGUAAAGCCAGCUAAUCAGCGCACGCUUACCUCAACGCAUCGUGGCUCAUUCUCGCGCAAUAGUCAGUUGUCCAGCGGCUCGCAUCAUACGAAUCAUACAAAUACCUCCGAUGAGCUGGAACACGAUGACCAGGAUGAUAUUGUUGAUUUGACGGGCGUCACGCUAGAUGAAAGUCCCACAACAGCAACGGCAACAGUAACAUUGCAAGCGGCAUCAUCAUCACCGUCCAUGCAUCACAAACAGGACGCCUCCAAUGCAUCUACUGUUAUGGCCAGCGAUGUUAAGGAUGGUGUACUUCACUUGUAAAGCAAACACAAAACACAGAGCGACUUAGAAGACAAACAAAAACACACGGAACACAUACACAUGAUAUACAUUAUAAUAUAUAUAAUAUUGGUAUUGUAUAUGCAACUAGCGUCCCACACAUUCCAUUUACAUUUUUGUGCAAGUGUUUUCCCCAUUUCAAGUUAUAAACAAGACCCCAAAUUGUUAUUCCACCGCCUUAUCACAAAUAUGUAUUCUAGUUCUAAACAUGAAACGGAACGCAAAUAUCUUGUUACUAUCAUAUUUCCCAAACUGUAAGCGUUGAAAUUAAAAGCAUGCACAUACAAUAAGGUACCGGGUACGAAACGAGCGAGAGAACAUUCGAAUUCUAUUUGUAAAAACCAAUUUUGUUUAAUCAUAACUAAGCCCGCAUCUAUAUAUAAAACCCGAUUCCAAAUUUGCAUUCCAUUUACACACGCACACACACACACACACAUAAAUACACAUAUUCUGCGGCACAAGCGCACACACAUACACACACGCGCAUAUACUUACGCAUUGCAAACCACAAAUUUGUAUGUACUUACAAUUUUCACUUAAUUUUUGUUUACUCUGUUUUAAAUUUUUUUUAAUAAUUGUUUGUAUGUAACCUGU